AUGUCGACGACGCUUUGGCCGCCGCUUUCCAGCCUGCCGAGCCUCGGCUGGAACCGACAUCCUUCCGUCGAGCUCACAGUGAUUUCAGCGAUAUUCAACGCCUCGCAUCACAGUCCAGCAUCGGCACUUUCGAUAUCUACCGCUUCGGUUGCUUCCAUCGCUGCUUCAUCAGACUCGGGAGCGCAACGACUGAUCCUCUGCGCCCACGCUGCUCCGCUAUGCAUCGUACUAGUCGCCACUUUAGCUGCAGUGCUCCGCCGUCUCACGCGAUCAUCCUCUCGAGCAAGAGCACCAGGCCGCAAGAGCACACCAUACGUCGCUUCCCUCCUCGCGUACUUCGCUCCCUUCGUCACCGAUCAGGACGUCCGCCAGCAUCGUCUCGAGCAACACAAUCACAGCCCUACAUCUCCAGCAUCUCACCUGCAAGAUAGCGCAAGCUCGUCUCAGGGCUUCUACCAGCAGCGCAGACGGCUCAAUCGUCUCCUCGUCGUCAGCCUCGUUCAGCUGGCCCUCACUUCGUCCGUCACCGGAUACACACUCAUCGCAGACAAUGCACACGCCGCCUUUCCGUCCCUUUCCCAAUCUCUCGCAUGGGCACUCGUCUCCCUUCGACUCUUUCUACGACCUCCUCAAACCCCCUCAUUGAUCCUCGCAGCUCUCCUUCUCUCUCUCACGGUCUCGUCCAUCGUCCACCUCUUUUCCUUCGUCCCAUGGCUCGCAGCACAUGCGCAUUUCACCAGCUCGGCAAUGGCUCCGGUGCUCCUCUCCGCUACAAAUGUCGCCAUCAGCAUCUAUUCGACCUCCCUUCUCCUGCGUAUGCCCAUCGCUCCCGGUGGCUACGAGGCAGUCGUCGAUCUCGACGAGCAAUUGCGGCACCAUCCCGACGCCGUGGACAAGCUCCAUCCCACGCACCAAGAUCUCGCUUCCACAUACCAACGCUGCCCUACCUCGCCCGAAGACUACUGCACCCUCUACGAGAACCUCUCCUACUCCUGGAUGGCUCCCAUCCAGAGCCUCGCUCUCCGCCGCUCCCUCGUACCUACCGACGUGUGGCGUCUUCGCUCCAUCAACGACACACGCCUUCUCUUCCGCAAAUUCAAAGCCCUCCUCCCGCCUUCGCCACAAGAUCCACCCGCCCACCGCACCCGGCUCCUCUCCCGCAUCCUACGUGCCAAUGCAAACGACAUCGCCCUCGACGCAUGCUUCAAGCUCAUCAGCGUCAGCUUCGCCUACCUCGGCACUUACAUCCUCAAAAGCAUCCUCGACCAGAUCCAGCUCGCCUCUGCCAACCCUCCUGCCGAUCGAGCCGACCAAGAUCUGCAGUGGUCGCCACGCCAGAAGGCUUUCGUGUACGCUUUCAUCGGCCUCUGCCUCACCGUCGUGCGCUUCCUUGCAGAGCUGCAGAACUUUCACCACGCACGUCAAGUCGGCCUCCGUCUUCGCUCCACCCUCGUCGUCUCCCUCUUCGAAAAGGCGCUCAAGAGACGCGACCUCAGCGGACAGACAAAAUUCACGCCAUCACGACCUCGGGCACCAGAACCUACAGAAGCGCAAGCCGAUCAACUUCUCGAGGCGGUGGCCAUCGCAGAAGCAUCUGCGUCGGAUACAGAUCAAGCUGCAGCUUCCAUCGCAUCCGACGAACGCGAACAUGACAGGCUGCAUCCCGUCCACGCACACGCAUCGGUCUUGCGCAACAAACCGUCCCGCGACACAGCAUCAGGCAAGCUCAGCCUCAAACAGGUCUCGUUCGGCUCCAUCCGAUCGCGCGUCAGCCAAUACGCCGCGUACCGAAAGAGCAGACAUGCUGAAGCACUCAAAAAGCAGGAGGAAGAGCAAGGCGCAGAUGUAGGAAAGAUCGUCAAUAUGAUGGCCUCCGACGUCAACAUCCUCUUGCGCAUGGGCUGCGACUUGCAUCAGCUCUACGGCGCCCCUCUCGAGGUCACCAUCGCAGCCGUCUUUCUCUACAAGCUCAUGGGCUGGAGUGCGCUCGUCGGUUUCUCCAUCCUCGUCGCUGCCAUCCCCGUCAACUACGUCUGGGGCGAAGUCGCCGUCAAGAAGCAAAGAGAGUACAGCAGCGCCCGCGAUCAACGCAUGAGCCUCAUGACCGAGCUCGUCGAGGCCAUGCGAUUCGUCAAGAUUCAGGGCGUCGAAUCGCAGUGGGAGCAGCGCGUCGCCGCCGCUCGCCGCAACGAGAUCCGCAAACUCAUCUGGUCUCGCUUCAUGACCUUCCUCUUCGAGCUCUUGUGGACCGUCAUCCCCGUGCUCGUCACGCUCGUCAGCUUCUUCUUCUAUGUCAAAGUCGCCAAGGAGGAGCUCACCGUCUCGACCGCAUUCACCGCCAUCGCCCUCUUCACCAUGAUCCGUCCUCCCCUCAAUGCUAUCCCCGGCUUCCUGAUGGGCGGUCUCAUCGCCAUGGUCAGCGUACAACGCCUCGAGUCCUUCCUCAACGAGCAGGAAGUCGAAGAGGCCAUCAGCCAACUCUCCCGACAGCGUCCAACCACCCAAACCCAUCCGCAGGCAUACCGGGACGAGGAGAAUGCAGAGACCCCAGACCAUGACUCCAACACCCAGCUGGCCAUCAAAAAUGUCACCUUUCGUUGGCAUGCCAAGCAAAGCACCGCUUCGGCAGUCGUGUCUCCUGAUGAUCGUGAACAAAUGACCAGCCAAACGGACUACUCGGAUUUUCGCCUUCGCGAUAUUAGCGUCGAUUUCCCUGCCGGUCGCUUAAGCCUCAUCAUCGGGCCCACCGGAUCCGGCAAAAGUAGCAUGUUGGCAGCCAUUCUCGGAGAAAUGCUCGAAUCCCAGGACGGCCAAGUCAUCCGCAACAAAUUUGACCACAGCGGUGCAAGUCGCUUCAGCUAUGCAAGCCAACUACCCUGGCUCGAGAAUGGCAAGUCGGUCAGGGACAACAUCCUCUUCGGCACGCCACUCGAUGCUGCCAGGUACCAGACUUGCAUUCACGCCUGUGCGCUCCAGGAUGAUCUCGACUCCAUGGACGACGGCGAUCUUACCCAGAUCGGUUCGCAUACCGUAUCCGGCGGCCAGAAAGCGCGCAUCUCGUUGGCCCGCGCGCUCUACGCACGCUCCGACACUGUGCUCCUCGACGAUGUUCUCUCUGCCGUAGAUACCCGUGUGCAGCGCCACCUCGUGCGUCAUGCGCUCCUCGGGCCACUAGCCCACGGUAGGAGGCUCAUCUUGGUCACCCAUCACGUCGAUCUGCUCAUCGACAGUGCAGCUCUGGUUGUCUGCUUGCGCGAUGGCGAGAUCGUCCAUCAAGGCUCGCCAGCCGAAUCGAAAGCGGCUGGCUUGGUUACGCUCUCCGCUAGCCGCUCCAGCCCGCAGCAAAACUCCGACACUGGGACUGAUGGCGAUGCGGAGCGCGAAUCCUCGCACCCCAUGUCUAGGCCUGCGAGCGCGUCGAGUCAGCAAGGAAGCAACUCUGGAGACGUUCCUUCAGGCAAGCUAGCAACGCCAGAAAGGCCGGUCGAGCUAGCCUCUGGAGCUCGCACUCCGCGUCUUUUGCAUCAGGAGGAGAAGCGCAGAGAAGGAGCGGUGAGCUGGGUGUUCUACCGCACUUAUCUCCGUGCCUCGUCGCUCCGCAUCUGGGCCCUGCUUCUCAUCCUGCUUCUCUUGCUGCGUCUGUCCGAGUCGUUCGGUCAGUACUGGCUCAAGAUUUGGGGCGAAGCAUACAGCAAGGCCAGCCUCCAAACUGCUGCGGUAGCACAGAUUUCCGGCUUGCAAGUGUCGUUCCCUCCAGCACAAGGACACGCGAGCUUCUAUCUCACCGUGUACGGACUCAGCGGUCUAGCAGUGAUCGUCUUUAACAGCUCGAGGGCCGUCUGCUUUUACGUCGCUUCCAUCCGCGCAUCGCAGAAUCUCUUCUCGAAGCUGCUCACCAACGUCAUCAAGGCGCCCCUCAGGUGGUUCGACAUCACACCAGCCGGCCGCAUCAUGAAUCGAUUCGGCACCGACAUGGACUGCAUCGACAACAUUUUGCCCCAGUCGAUCAUGAAUCUCGGCAACAAUGCCUUCUCCAUCGCGGCCUAUUUCCUUAUCUGCGUCGCCAUCGUACCGGCCUUCUUGCUCCCGUCACUCGUCUUGGUCCUUGUUGGACCUUGGCUUGCGGGCGGCUUCCUGGCCUGCACUCGUGACAUGCAAAGGAUCGAAGCGACGUCGACAUCACCCAUCUACGGCCACUUUCAGCAAGCGCUCUCUGGAAUCGCGACCAUCCGGGCCUUCGGUGCCGAGCCGCGUCUUCUCGAAUCGAUGCUGGAUGCCGUCGACCUCUACCAGUCGCUGUGGUGGGCCGUGUGUACGAUGGAAGUAUGGCUCAGUUUCCGUGCACAGAUCCUAGGCGGCGUCUCGGUCUUCGUCGUCACGCUCCUCGCUCUCUUUGGUGCAGUCUCGCCCGGGUCAGCCGGUCUUGCGCUCUCGUCGGCUCAGCUUUUGUGCCAGCUCGCCUACUACCUCGUAAACGACUUCAAGAACCUCGCCAACAGCUUCAACUCCCUGGAACGAGUCGCUGAGUACCAACAGAUGCCGCGCGAGGAAAACGAGAAGGUCGUGGCUCGCUACACACCAAAUCUGCCGCCAGCAGGCUGGCCAUCGGCCCAAGGACGCAUUGUCUUUGACAACGUCCGCUUGCGGUACGCCGAAGAGCUGCCAGAAGUCCUGCAAGGGGUAAGCUUUGAAGUCAACCCUGGCGAAAAGGUCGGCAUCAUCGGUCGCACGGGGAGUGGCAAGAGCAGCCUGGCUGCCAGUCUUUUCCGCGCUGUCGAGCUUAGCGGCGGCCGGAUCCUCAUCGACGAUGUCGACAUCAAGACGAUUCCGUUGCAGCAGCUGCGUGGCCGGCUAAGCAUCGUCAUGCAGGAUCCUGUCCUCUUCUCGGGAACGGUCAGGGAUAAUCUGGAUCCUUUCAACGAGCACGACGACGCAGCGGUGCUCGACGCGCUCAGGAAGGUGGGACUCGCCGCAACGCCCUAUGGCAACGAGCACGAUCGCUCCUAUGAGCCUUCGUUGAUUGACCUUUCCGACACUGAAGGCGACGUUAUACGGAAGGGGCAGCAAGCGCACGAUGUUGACGCGAGAAACAAGAGCUCAGAGAGGAGCACCAACAUGCGUCUCAAGCUCGACUCUGCCGUCUCGUCCGGCGGCGCCAACUUUUCGGCAGGACAAGCGCAGCUUUUAUCCUUGGCUCGAUCGCUGCUUCGCUCGACGCGGAUUCUGAUUUUGGACGAAGCUACUUCUUCGACGGACAAGGAGACGGACGCGAUGGUACAGCGCGUCAUCCGCACAGCUCUGCAUGACAGCAUCGUGAUCUGCAUCGCCCACCGCCUCAAGAGCGUCAUCGACUAUGACCGCAUCGUCGUCCUGCAGGACGGCAAGCUCGUCGAAUGCGGCAGUCCGAAAGAGCUGCUAUCGAAGGACGAUGUUGACGAGUCGGCGUUCUUCAAGAACCUGUGCAAGCACUCGUCAGAAUAUCAGGAGCUAUGUGCCGCCGCUGGCGUUCUCCCCUCGCUCUAA